AUGUCCCUCUUCGUUCAAUCGAAGGUUGAUCUGCUCAAGCGCCAUCAAGCCAUCAGUCAUCAGGGUGAGGAAGCCGCUGAACGGACUGAGGAGGGAGGACCAUCGAAAGAGACCUCGGCUCCUCCUGAACCCAGUGAGACCUCGUUUAUUAAGCUGGAUUUUUUGCUUAACAAAGGGCUGUCUGGAUUGAAUCUUUCUUCAAAUCCAACAACCGAGUUGCUCCAAUCGUCAUCUCGAAGCGAGUUUGAAGCGGCAUACUUCCUCCACUUCCAUCCACACUGGCCUCUCUUGCAUAAAAAGGCCUUUUUACAAUCAAAAGACUACCCAGAAUUGACUUCAGCGGUCUUAACUGCUGGAUUAUGGGUGCUCGGUACUCCAGAAACGAGAGACAAGGCCCGGUUUUACCAUGAUGCUUUGCUCAAGGUUCUUGAUGCGCAACUUUUCAAGCUUCACGAAGCCUUCAAAGAUUCCCCUGAGCCUCAGCCCGAGUUUCUCGCUCCGUUCAAGGUACUUCUUAUAGCAUUGAUUCUUUCGACAUAUCGUGGAGCAGAGACGUUCCCCUCGGCUAUAAUCAACAGCAAGCAUGUGUGGCAACUAUUCGACGCCAUGGGCGUUUACGAUCAGGCAUUGAUCAACGAUAAAAACACCAAUCCCAUAAUCCGUGAGGGCUACCAGCGGGAGAGGCUUGCACUCCUGCACUUCAAAGUCCACGUUCAUCUCAACUCCCUUCUAAUGUCUCACUUUCCGCAAUUCAAGCCGUUUGACUACUUGAAUCCAAGCAUGCUCAAAGUCCAGAUUCCAUCCCCAGCUUCAUGCUGGGAUGGUGAUGACGCGACAUUUGCCCAACAAGGGCGAAUAGUCGACACGGUCGCUGAUUUGGUCGUAAAAUGUACCGACUUUACACGUGUAUCGGACCUUGUAGCCUGGGACUUUUGCUUGGGGAUGGUCAUCGGGUGCUAUUUGGUGAGGCCGGCAGACGAGGGACAUCGCGAGCUGAUAAAACGGCUGGAUCCCUUUUUAUUCACACAUCUGAUCAAAGAUGAGAGCACAGACGGAACAAAUACAAGAUAG